UUGUAAUAAUUGAUGUAAUAAUUUUACCGUGUUUUGCGAAUUAUCUGCAAUCUUAUCUUAUUUCCUCGUAACUUGGAGUGAGGUAAUUGCAUCUCAGGAUUAAUUAAAAUAUGGAUUUUUUAACAAGAAUUUCGCUAGAAAUCUAGAGAAUAAUCUCUUUCUUUUUAUUUAUGAGUUUUAUGAGGAAGAGAUAAAAAACUCGCCUCCAGUUUAUUCAUAACAUUGAGUACAACUGAUAGGUACCUUUCAACUCACCUUUAUCUCAACACAUAUAUGCUGGUUGGUUUUUCCUCACCUUCAGUCUAAGUUUUGGCAACAUUGAGGAAACGUUUCAACAUGGAGUCCUGUGUACCUAAACUAACUGACGCUACCUUGGACCAGCUCGAAAAAGAUGCCAAAGAAUUUGCUUUGACUACAGGUAUAGGUUGUCGAUCCAUCGAUUUACCUAAUGACAAUUGCUUACAAUCCUUAAGAUUUACAUUAUUUCCAUCACCAUUCCCGUUGAAAUGGUGUUUACUUGCUCAAAGGAUUCAACAAGGGAUCAAUCUAAUGAUGCAUCGGAUAUCUUACGAUAAACAAUUCUUGGAAGAAUCACUAGCUGAUGUGAUACGUGUUGAUUCGUUUACUCGCAGUCUUUAUGAAAUUUACCUGAAAGUAUCUCAAGAUGUUAAAGCCUCCAAGUUGAAUUUAGGGAUUUUUCGCUCGGAUUAUAUGUUAAAUAAAGAACCAGAAGUACUUCGUCAAGUGGAAAUCAACGCUAUUUCAGUUAGCUUUGCUGGGUUAGCUCCUGCAAUCUCUGAACUUCACCAUUAUGUGAAUAAUAAAGUGACUUCCGAUAUCAAACAUGAACAACCAAAGAUAAACACAUGUGAUUUUGUAGCAUCGAGUUUGAUCAAAGCGUGGGAAGUUUAUGGCAAAAAGGAAGCAAUAAUAGUAUUUAUAGUUGAGCAGCGAACUUUCAACAUUUGUGAUCAGAAAGCUAUUGAAAUCCAAUUGUUCCGUAAAAGGCCAGAUAUACUUGUGAAAAGAAAACAAUUUUCCGAUAUAUCCAAAGACUGUUUGGAUGAAAAUAAUAUUCUCAGAGUUGAUGGCAAAGAAGUUGCUGUUGUUUAUUAUCGAACCGGCUAUGUACCAGUCGAUUAUCCGGAUGAAAAAUCUUGGGAAGCUAGAUUACUACUUGAAAGAUCCAAAGCUAUAAAAUGUCCAUCAAUAAAAUAUCAACUGGCCGGAGUUAAAAAGUUUCAACAGAUUUUAACAGAUAAGAAUAUUUUAAAAAGAUUUAUUCGACCUGAAGAAGGAUUGGAUGAAUUGUAUGGUACAUUCGCAGCAAUUUAUCAUCUCAGUGAUACACCAGAGGGAAAUAAAUCUUUAGAGAUGGGUCUCAAGAAUCCGGAAAAAUUCGUACUCAAACCUCAACGUGAAGGAGGAGGUAACAACUACUAUGGAAGUGAUAUUGUCACCAAGUUAUCUGAAAUCCGAAAAUCAGACGAGAGAAACGCUUAUAUUCUCAUGGAAUUGAUCGAUGCCGUCCCGGUUACUAAUUAUGGCGUUGAUUAUAAAUCUAGUCUAAAAUCUAGAAAUUUUGUUAAAGACACAAUAAUCUCUGAAUUGGGAAUAUUUGGUUCAAUCUUAGCUGAUGGUGAACAAGUUUAUUGUAACGAAGAAGGAGGUUAUUUGCUUCGAAGUAAACGAGUUAAUGACACCGAAGCUGGAAUUGCAGCCGGAGCUGGAUUUCUUGAUGCUCCUUAUCUCUUUUAAGCGUAUUCUUUGACAAAUUUUACUGCCAAAGUUAAUCUACAUUUUAUUUAAUGCCUUUUCCAGAAUCGCUUUACCCAUUUUUGAUUUUUUUGACUAUUUUAUCCAAGAUUGUAAUAUUUGACUGAUUGAUGCUCAAUUUCAAAGACUUAUUUUUUUGAAUAGUGACAGCUAAACAUGAUUAAUUAGUCAACUUAUCUAUUUCAA